AUGGUGUCCGGCGGUAUGACUUGCGUGAAGUACUUGCUGUUCCUCUUCAACCUGAUAUUCGCGGUAACCGGCAUCGUAUUUAUUUCCGUGGGCGCUGUCAUUCUGGUCGUUUACAAUGGGUACAACAACUUUGUGGAUAGUUGGUUCUUUGCAGCACCGGUCUUAAUGAUUAUCGUUGGUGUUAUAGUCUUCCUUGUAUCAUUCUUUGGAUGCUGCGGCGCUGUGAAAGAAAAUCACUGCAUGAUAAUUACGUUCUCAGUCCUGCUGUUGCUGAUAUUCGUCCUAGAAUUAGGUGCCGGAAUCACAGGCUACUUGAUGAGGGGAGAAAUCUCUAAUAUGUUAGAAAACCGUAUGAAUAGUACUAUGCGACAGUACGAUGUUGAUGAGAGUAUCCGCCAAUCAUGGGAUAUCAUGCAGCAUGACUUACAAUGCUGCGGCAUAAACGGUCCCACGGAUUGGACCCAGCUUGGUACAGUAAACAAUAUCAUUCCCGAAUCUUGCUGUAAGGAACUCCCCACUCAGGGCAAAUGCGACUCGAACUCGAUUCACCUUUACGAAAGUGGUUGCAUGGUGAGACUAGAAGCUGCUAUUGAAAGUAGCGCUCUGAUCUUAGGAGGAGUGGGCGUAGGCGUAGCCAUCGUACAAUUGAUCGGAGUGAUCUUUGCGUGCUGUCUGGCUCGCUCAAUUCGCCGCGAGUAUGAGACUGUGUAAGCUGAUAGACACAAAUUUUCAUUGCAACAAGCCUAAAAUGCACCUGUAUAAAACCUGGUCUAUUACACACAAGCUGUCACUAUAUAUUUUUUUCCUUGUUUCGUUUACCAUUUAACUCUUACGUCCGUGCACAAUUAUACAUGAGAUAUUUUCUUUCUUUUACUGCUUGUGUAUUCUUAACACAUUGCAAAAAAAGGAUUCGUUCAGGAUUAUUAGUUCUCGUUACGAGGAGCGUGAUAAGCAAACAACUUAAAGAUCUCUAAAGAAAUCUUAUUGCUACUUUGGUAUUUGGGUCUUGCCUCAUCUACAGGCGUUAAAUAUCACAUGUAUACACACAUACAUGUAUACAUACAUACAUACAUAUUUUGUAUGUUUUUACAAUAAGCUCUCAAGAAAAAAACUAUACAUUAAAGAUAACAAACUCUGUUAUUCAGAAAUCAUGCUACGUUCUUUUUUUUUUUAUAAAUGUAUAUCUAAUUAGUUCAGUGUCAUUCUGAUACUGUAUUGUAGUUGAGCCACGAUAUCCGCGAUGUUGAUAAAGAAGUUAUAAAAAAUUAUAAGUAAAAUGCAAGUUUAAAAUAUGCUAGAAGCUUCUUCUGUUUAAUGUCUGCUUCACGUGACUGAUUGUUCAGCUUAUUAGCAAAAAUGUACCUUUGUCGUUCCCUUAUAUAUUUUGCUUCACAAUAUCUCGCAUGAUGCAAUGUACACGGACAUAUGUUGUCGAGGCUCUGCUAUAAUACCGAGCAAUAUUAUUUUCAAGCUGCAAGAACAUUCGUGUCUCUUAAUACUUUAUUUUGCUCUUCGAUUUACAUAUACAUUCGCGAAUUCAAAAACUUUAUUUAAUAUACUGUAUAGACAGUGAACGCGCGCGCGCGCGCGUUAAAUUCACAUUUGUAUAUUGUUAUCAUCAUAAUCACGCUCAUCGUUCUGUUAGAUUUGUUAAAUGUCUCGAGAAUUGAUAAGUAUUCAGAAAAAUUAUAUUUUAUUUGACUUUUUAACGUAUGCGAAUACAGUUCAUCAAGGUGGAAUUAAGACUUGUAGCAAAACCAUCGAUUGAAUAGUUUAACGCGUUAACUGUCACAAUAAUACAUGACACGGUAGUUAAUAUAUUGAUAUAUUGUUGAAUGCCGCGAUGAUGAUCGAUGACUGACUCUAUGAACGUUAAUCUUUAUUAACGUUUUCUCAAUUAAAUUUUGUACAAAGUAUAAUUGUAUCUACAAAUUUCUCUAUUGAUUAUAUAGAGAGUAACUAAAAUAAUGAAAAAGGUAUAUGUAUUUCAAAUUGCCUUUAUUAAUUAUUAAGUAAUUCAGAGUUAUCAGUCAAACAAAUUUUUUUUAAUUAAUGGAAAUCAAUGCGGCAGUCAACAUGCCAAACAUGCAAAAUAAAGUGUCAAGAUACAUAUGUAUCGUCUCAGCAUUAACCCGGUGGUGUAUGAUGAAGGGCAUUUCCUUUAUUGCAUGUUAAUUUAUUCUAAGGAAAUUACGCUCCAACAAAUUAAUAAGAUGUACUGUGCUUAAAAAUGUGAGACGUAAUGAAACUGUGAUUGAAAGUAACAUGUGUCACGGCGCAAUUUGUACUUUUUUUUCUUGAUAUAUAUCUGUUCCUGCUAAA